GCGAGCGAGAGAGACGCGUCAACCAGAGCAAAGGAAUCUCAGACUUGAGCGUUGAACCAUACUUACAGGAGGACACACAGAGUGAAACAGAGUGAAGGAGAAAGCCGGAGCCGAGCACCAGUACUGGAAAAGCAGGAAAGACGGAGCAGCUAGACUCAAAAGUUUCUCAGGGCGAACCGAAAAUGUCCGCAACAAAGAAUGUUUUCGAUGAUUUCUUUGGGGCUUCUCCAUGCAUUUCUCCUGUCUCUUCGAAGCAGAACCUCGCGCUGUUCUUUGAGGAAGCCAUCCAAGAAGAGCAGUUCCAAGGGGCUUCAGCCGAUUCUAGCAAGGACUUCAGAUCCUCGGACGGGAGCGAGGCUGGAGGCUUCAAGGGCGAUGGCACCAACCAGGCGCUCAAGGACUCCUCUGCGCCUAUGCUUCGGAGCACCAAGAACCGAGGAUCGAUCGGGUUGAAGGCUGUGCGCCCGGUCUCCAAGAACACCCUGGAGAUGAACGCGCUCAAGAACAGGCUAGCAUCCCUUGUUAUGCAAGACUCCAGCGAUGACGAGAACUGCGAGGAGUUCGACAAGUACAUCCAAGCGAACUGGUCUCCGGAGAAGUGAUUUGAUUUUAACUUGUGAGAAGUAGAUGUAAACUAAGCUAAAUAAUGAAUGAUUGUUUGUACUGCA